CUCUCUCUAGCAAGUCCUAGUAUUAAGUUUCAGACCAAAGGGGAAAUUUAUAGUUCGCUCUCCUCUGUCUCCCUCCUCAUCUCCUUGUCUUCUCCAUCGCUUGCCAUAGGAGAAAAACUUUUAUCAAAUCUCUCUCCUUGCUUCUUGCUUCGAUCCUUGCUUGCUGCGCUCCGAUCUUUGAGCCAGCCAUGAAUGGAGCUUUCGACCAUCUGGUCAGCCUCCGCCGGUGAAUAAGACAUGAGACGUGCUGCUGCACGGCCGAGGUCAUCAUCAUCAGCAGCAGCAGUAGCCACAGCACAUCGCCGGCGACACCGCCAUGGUGCCAACCACUAGGAGCCUGCCGCCGCACCAUGACUCCAGCGGCAAGAACAGCAAGCCGCUGUCGUACUACGACCCAGGAUACUACAUCGCCGCCCAGCUGGAGGCUGCGCAAGGCGCCGACAUCAAGCAGCAGCCGUCAAGGUACCCUCGGCGGCUAGCCAUGGCCGAUGAGGACAACGUCGUGGGGCGCCGGAGGCCGCGAUCCCAACGGGAGGAGGAGGCGGCCGGCACGAGCUCGCGGGGCGGCGGCAGAGGGGACGACGAGGACGCCGGCGGCGACAAGGACUGGCUCAGGCUGGGCCUCGGUGCCAUGGCAUCUUCCUCGUCCUCCUCCUCCGCCGGCGGCGACAACGACGCCGCCAAGGCUCUGGCGCCACCGGCUGCGCUGGACCUAUUCAGCAGCGGCAAGCAAAGCGCGAGCAGGAUGAGCCAGCCGUCGUUGUUCCCGCUGCCCAUUAGGAGCUACCCCUCCCAGUCCCAGUACGGCCACGACCGGUACCGGCCAACGACGGCGGCGAGCGGGUACAUGACCCCGGUGCCGCCGUUCUUGCCGUUUGCGCGGCCUCUGAGGAGCUGCUCCUCCGAUCUCUUGAUGCGAGUGGUCAGCCCGCCGCCGCCCAGAACGGAGGCCGCCGGCCUGUGGCUAACACUUCAGGCAGCUCCCAACCAAGUUAGAGAGCCCAUUUUGCCUCAGAUACCAAAGAGCUACUUAAGAAUCAGGGAUAGCAACAUGAAGGUGGAAGUGGUGCUAAAGUACUUGGCUGACAAGCUAGGACUCACACAAUCUCAACAGUUGGAGCUGACAUGUAGAGGGCAUCUCCUUCCCCCGUUCCUGCUGAUGAAACACGUGAGAGACAGCAUCUGGUGCGGCUCACCGGCGGCAAUGGAGGACGAGGCCGCUCUCGCCGGGACGAUCCCACCUCGCCGCUCACCCGGAGAUGCAGCCACCACUACUGACCAUGUCAUGACACUCUUUUACAGCACAGCUAGGAACCAUUAGUUAACUAGUCGAAUGAUUGAUCCAUCAAAUGCCCCUCUGAUUAAUUAAUUAAUCAACAACAACCUGAGUUCUUUGAUUUCUUCUCCUACUCUACUCCCUCUCAUCUUUGUCUCUCAUCUGGCUAUAACUGAAGCUUGAUUUUCCAAGAUUAACCAGCCAAUUAACCAUGAAUCAUACCUUUUUUUUGUGUUUCUUUUGCUUUAAUUCCCUAUGCAUCUCUAGCUUCUG